UUGGACAUAAACAGUGAAAAUGCAAAGCAGGGUGCGAACGCGACUGGUCACAUAAGGCUGUCUAUGGUGUGAUGUCAUCUUCCGGAAGAUGUGAAGUGGCAGACGAUGCAGGUUUACUGCGCUUACUGUAUUCCACUGAAAGGCGUUUGACAGCUUGUCGUAAUAAAGAAAAUGGGAGCGAAGGGAUAGCAUCUCUAUGGAGCAAGAGGGGCAAAAUACCAUAUGCUCAUCAUCUCUAUCCCCUCGAAUAACAGAUUUUUGAGAAAAUGGUGCCCAGUUUGACGACUGGGUAAUAAUAGACCGCCUGAUUUUCAUUCCACACAUAAUACUGAGAGCAUCGACCUUGCUGUUGUGACCAUGAAUCCGGCGGAACAAACGGUUACUUGGCUCAUUACGCUCGGGGUUUUGGAGUCACCAAAAAAGACAAUUUCGGAUCCAGAUGGAUUUUUGCAGUCUUCGUUAAAGGAUGGGGUCGUCCUGUGCAGGUUACUGGAGCGGCUGCGUCCAGGCACUACCGAUAAAAUCUUCACAGACCCCAAAACCGACAGCGAGUGCUUGAGCAACAUUACGGAGUUUCUCAAGGGUUGCGUUGUGUUUCGCGUUGAGCCAUUUGAGGCUGCUGACCUGUUUCAGGGUCACAACUUCAGCAAAGUCCUCACUACACUGGUUGCCCUCAAUAAAGUGACUGCAGAUAUUGGCAUAGACGGUGACUCUGUAUGUACGCGUCACUCCUCCGCCCACCGGAUCAAGUCCUUCGAAUCUCUAGCCUCCCAGUCUUCACUGGGCAGAUCUUCUAAACUGCUUCAUAACCAGUUCCGUAGCUUGGACAUGACGGAUAACAGUAACGCUCAGUUAAUGGUGAAAGCUCGCUUCAACUUCCAGCAGACCAAUGAGGAUGAGCUUACUUUCAACAAGGGUGAUAUCAUCAGUGUUACCCGCACGGAAGAAGGGGGUUGGUGGGAGGGCACGCUCAACGGCAAGACAGGCUGGUUUCCAAGCAAUUAUGUCAGAGAGGUCAAAGGUUUUGACAAACGGGUGUCCCCUAAAUCUGGAACUCUUAAAAGCCCACCCAAAGGUUUUGAUGCCGCAUCCAUCAGUAAAACAUACUACAACCUGGUGCUACAAAACAUUCUAGAAACUGAAACAGAGUAUUUAAAAGAGUUGCAGAACAUUUUGUCCAACUACCUGAGACCUCUACUGAUGACAGAAAGGCUAAGCACUUCAGACAUCAGUAUCAUCCUCGGGAACCUGGAGGAGAUCAGCACUUUCCAGCAGACCUUGGUCCAAUCACUAGAGGACUGCACGAAACUUCCAGAGCUGCAGCAGAAAGUGGGCGGGUUCUUCCUGAAUCUUAUGCCUCAGAUGAGAUCCCUAUAUGUGUCAUACUGCUCCAACCACCCAUCAACAGUCAGUAUUCUCACUGAGAACAGUGAAGAACUCAGUGAGUUUAUGGAGGGGAGAGGUGCGACUGCCCCUGGUAUUCUCACUUUGACCUCUGGCCUCAGCAAACCCUUCAUGAGACUGGACAAAUAUCCCACAUUACUGAAAGAGCUGGAGAGACACAUGGAGGAGGGUCAUCCAGACAGGACCGAAAUUCAGAAGUGUAUGACAGUCUUUAAAAAUCUCUCAGCACAAUGUCAGGAGGUGCGGAAGCGCAAGGAGCUCGAGCUUCAGAUCCUGUCUGAGACGAUUCGACUGUGGGAGGGGGAGGAUAUUAAGACUCUUGGUUCUGUGCUGUAUAUGAGUCACGCCAUGGUCCAAAACCAUGGCUGUGAGGAGAGGCCUGAGCGGUACCUUCUGCUUUUUCCUCAUGUUCUCCUCAUCCUGUCUGCCAGUCCAAGGAUGAGUGGCUUCAUCUAUCAGGGCAAGUUGCCUUUAAACGGGAUGACAGUGACCCCAUUAGAAGACUGUGAAAGCCAUAAAAAUGCUUUUGAGCUCUCUGGAAACAUGUUUGAAAGGCUUCAGGUGAUCUGCCUGAACAAACAGGAUCUACAGGACUGGCUCGAGCACCUGAACAGACAGACCAAACACACAUCCAUGACUGCUCCAAGCAUGAAGCCACUCACUGUCCCCUGCCACACACUUCCGUCUCACCCGCUUACGCCAUCUAGACAUGCAGAAAGCCGAAGCCUCACUGUUGCCCCCGCCUACCACACCCUUCCGCACCCCUCCUCUCAUGGGACCCCUCGCAGCACCAUGAUGUGGGGCCCUCUUGAGCCUCCCAAAACCCAAAAGCCCUGGAGCCUGAGCUGCUUGCGUCCAGCACCCCCACUCAGGCCCUCAGCUGCUCUCUGCUAUAAAGAGGACCUCAGUAAAAGCCCCAAGACCAUGAAAAAGCUGCUUCCCAAGAGAAAGCCUGAAAGGAAGCCCUCUGAUGAAGAGUUUGCACUGAGGAAGAGUACUGUGGCUCUGGAGGAGGAUGCUCAGAUUUUAAAAGUGAUUGAGGCUUACUGCACGAGUGCCAAAACCAGACAGACCCUCAACUCAACAUGGCAAGGCACUGACCUCAUGCAUAACCACGUGUUGGAUCAAUCCAGCGUGGACUCUCUGGGCCGCCGUAGCAGCAUCUCAAGGCCAGAGGGCACGUCUGACCUUUCAGAGGACUCGGAUUAUGACAGUAUAUGGACGGCUCACAGUUACAGGAUGGGCUCUGUUUCUCGACAGUGGAAAGAUGCCGGUCCGGCACUGAUAGUUCCCGGAGAAGACAAAUUCAUUGUAGAAGAGUGGAAGACUAAUGGUCAGACUUUGGAGGAGAAGAGUCUUGUGGAUGUUGUAUAUGCCCUUAAAGAUGAAGUACAAGAACUCAAACAGGAUAAUAAAAAAAUGAAAAAGUCAUUGGAAGAAGAGCAAAGAGCCCGGAAAGAUCUGGAGAAGAUAGUUAAAAAAGUGGUGAAGAAUAUGAAUGACCCUUCGUGGGAUGAGACCAACUUAUGAUGUCAGUGUGCCAAAAAAUCUGUUUGUUUUGUGUAACACUAGUGGUUCAAAAAUAUUUCAAUCAGAUAAAAUUUCACAAAAAAAAUGUAUUUCCAAAAACAUGUUGCUGCCCUUGUUGCACUUAAUUUUGAUUAAAUUUAAUUUACAACUCCACUUUCUUGAUUAGUAAAGAGUUGCUAUAAAUUAUACAAAUAAAAAAUUGAAUAAAUAAAAGUUGAAUUAGCUUAAGUUAUUUUAACUUUAUUUUUUAUAAUUUAUAGCAAUUCCUUAGUAGUCUAGAAAGUUGAAAACUUGAAAUAACAAGGAAUGAUUAAACUUAAAAAUGUAAGUGCAACAAGGAAUUUUUACAGCAUUUGAUGUAAACCAGAUCAUUUCAAAUUUCAAUGCAUUUGUACUACGCAGGUGCUUUUAAUUUUUUUUGCUUUGUGAAAUGUUGAAAAAUAACAUAUAUAUAUUGAGAACCCCAUUUUAUAGCUGAACAAUCAAGUUGUCAGUGCUUUAUAUUAGGCACACUGCCUGUUUCCAUGGCAGUAAUUUUUUCCAAUCAUGUACCAUGGUUGUAUUCUUGGAAGACCAUUAUCACUUUUUAAUAUUUCUCUUUUACCUAAUCACACGUAAAGGGUACGCCCCCCCCCCCAAAAAAAUCAGUUCUCAUUUACAUGCCCUCAUGUUUUUUCAAAUGAUGUCCUUCCAUGGAACUCGAAAACAAAGUUGAAGGAAAUUUAAUGCUUACUAUUGUCCAUAUGGAAGUGAAGUUUCUGCCUAACAUCAUCUGUGAUACAGAGUCUGGGUGGGUAAAUAUUGACAGAAUGUAUUUUUUUUGGGAACUGUUUUUUUUUAAGUUGUGAAAUGGACAGAACCUCAUUCAUGAUCCUAUUGAUGUUAGGAAUGUGAGUGUACAACUGCUUAACCUAUUUCAAAUGGUCUAAAUUCAAUCCCAAAGCAUUCAUUUUACGGUUACAUUUCAUUUUUAAAUAAGGACUUUUAUGCAGAUAUAAGAUGCUGUUUAUUCCAACGAUGUGGCGCCAUAAACGCUUUCAUUCCAUUUAAGAAUUGUUUACAAGUCACUCGUCGCAUUCUAAUACUUUUGGUACUUUUGAGUACAUUUGGUCACAACAGCCGGUGAAUAAGAAACAUUAAGGUGGAUGCAUGGAUGUUAGGUACGGGACUUCAUUUAGGUGCCAUUGUAACUUAAGCUGUGACUGUGUUGUACCUGUGUCUCUAGCUCUAGCUGCUCAUCAUGCCCGAGGAAAACUUUCAAAGUUUUGUGCAAAGUUAUGACUGUAGAUAAGUGUACCUCUUUUAGCAUUUUGGACCAAAUCAAAUGCCAAAGUCUUAUUUAUAAGCGUAACUAUCUGUGAAUUCUUACUGUUAUGGAUAUUCUUAUAGCUCUUAAUGAACACUAGAUAAUUAUUUUUGUGAGUUCACAUGAAUAUAUGCUUAUUGUGGAGUGUUUUUUUUUUUUUACCUCAAAUCCCAGAUCCUUUUGACUGUAAAUCAGUUCUGUAAAUAAUAAAGACCUUUUUUGAUA